UUGUAGGUGACGUAAUGAUGGUUGCUGUGGUUAACGGGGUAGUUGUUGGGGGAUCCAUGGUCGUUGUCUGUAUGGUUGUUGUAGGUGGCGUACUGAUGGUUGUUGUGGUUAAUGGGGUAGUUGUUGGGGGAUCUGUGGUUGUUGUUUGUGUGGUUGUUGUAGGUGACGUAAUGAUGGUUGCUGUGGUUAAUGGGGUAGUUGUUGGGGGAUCCGUGGUCGUUGUCUGUAUGGUUGUUGUAGGUGGCGUAGUGAUGGUUGUUGUGGUCAAUGGGGUAGUUACUGUUGUGAUCAUUGUUGUGGUUAAUGGGGUAGUUGUUGGGGGAGUCGUGGUCGUUGUCUGUAUGGUUGUUGUAGGUGGCGUACUGAUGGUUGUUGUGGUUAAUGGGGUAGUUGUUGGGGGAUCCGUGGUCGCUGUCUGUAUGGUUGUUGUAGGUGGCGUACUGAUGGUUGUUGUAAUUAUUGGGGUAGUUGUUGUAACGGUUGUUGUGGUUAUUGAAGUAGUUGUUGGGCGAUCUGUGGUUGUUGUUUGUGUAGUUGUUGUAGGUGGCGUAGUGAUGGUUGUUGUGGUUAAUGGGGUAGUUGUUGGGGGAUUUGUGGUCGUUGUCUGUAUGGUUGUUGUAGGUGGUGUACUGAUGGUUGUUGUGGUCAAUGGGGUCGUUGUUGGGGGAUCUGUGGUUGUUGUAGGGGGUGUAGUGAUGGUUGUUGUAAAUAAUGGGGUAGUUGUCGCAAUGGUUGUUGUGUUUAUUGAAGUAGUUGUUGGGGGAUUUGUGAUUGUUGUUUGUGUGGUUGUUGUAGGUGGCGUAGUGAUGGUAUUUAUGGUCAAUGGGGUAGUUGUUGCGAUGGUUGUGCCUUGUGUGGUUGGUAUAGUUAUGGUGGUUGUAACUACUGGUGCAAUUGUUGGACAAAUGGUCACUGUUGGGUCUGUAAACAUAAGUGAAUACAUACUGUAAAUGGAAUAUACUGUAGAUUACAUGUGAACUUUAUCAAUCAAGGAAAUCACUAAUGAAAUUUCAAACACUUA